AUGUCGUCGGCGGGGAACACUGGCGGCGGAGAAAUGGCCGGAAAUUCAGCUCUGAAUUACUACUGCUAUGGAUGUCAGAGCACUGUGCCAUUGCCAAAUUCUGAACUCUCAUGCCCUAAUUGCAAUGGUACAUUUGUAGAAGAAUCCCCUUCUCCAGAUCCUGUUACCGGAGCAAAUCCUGACUCAUCGUUUUCCUUCCCCACCGAUUCCGGUAACGAAAGCGACGAUGAAGUUUCUGCACUCUUCGAAAGUGGUUUCGGCCGAUCACCAGUUGAAGUAGACCCUGUUACGUUCAUGAAUAGGGAUGGUGAUGGAACUAUUCAAUUGCUGCUUGAAAACAAUCAUGAGAAUGAGCUACCGAUUAUCUUUGGUGACUUUACUGUGGGGCGGUAUCUCGUGCAGCUGAUCCGUCAACUUGCUGUGAUUGACUUGAACAUGAAUGGUACGCCACCUGCUGCUAGAUCGGCUGUUUUGGGCCUUCCUGAUGUUAGGGUGAGUGAUGAGUUGUUGAAUUCGGAUUUAUCCCAAUGUGCUGUUUGUAAAGAUGGUUUUAAGCUGGAUGAAAUGGUGAAACAAAUGCCUUGCAAGCAUAUGUACCAUAACGAUUGUAUUUUGCCUUGGUUAGAAAUGCGUAAUUCGUGCCCUGUAUGUCGAUUUGAGUUGCCUACCGAUGAUUUUGCUUAUGAGAUUAGGAGACGUAGGAAUGCUAACAAUGCUGGUUUGUUGUCUCGGGGUUUAGAAGGUGGAGGAAAUCAGGGGACAUUGGAUAGCAAUGGUGGUUUGCUUUCUGUGGAUGCAGGAAAUCAGGGGAAUGGUGGAACAGUGGAGAGCUAUGGUGCGUUGUUUUCUAUGGGUGCAGAAGUUGGAGGGAGUCGGGGGAAUCGUGGAACAGUGGAGAGAAGGGUUAGGAUUUCAGUACCAGGGUUAUUAAGGGGGUUGCAAUCACAUGCUGAGACGAGCAGCAGUACUGGAGGUGGGGGAAGCAACGAUGGAGUGAAGAAUGAUGGUGAUAGUAGCAGUAGCGAUGAUACUCAUGGGGAGCCGAAUCCACAUCCUGGAGGACAUGGACAAGCAAACUAG